UGAAAAAAAGAUUUGUACGAAUUCAACCGGUGUUAUCAAACACGGUGGAAAAAAGCAGCAAUCAGGGUAAAAUUGCUGGGUAAAGUUCCCCCGCAAACGGUCCGACUUUUUUCCGAGGAUAAUUUUUUUGCCCGUUAGGGCUUGCUGUUCUUGGACCCCAGCGUUCCUCUUCGUCGCUAGACUCUCCACCGCCAUAGCCGCUCUGCCUCCGUCCGUCGGCGGUGGUUAGACAGAGUGGGAGAGGUGAGCGCCUCUUUCUCUCUUCCUUCCUGAAGAAAACCGGGAGGGUUAGGGAGAGCGAGGGAGGUGCAGAGAGAAAGAGGGAGAACGAGAGGGAAGAAACGAGGGAGGUGGAGAGAGGACGAAGGAUUGAGAGAUAGCGGAGAAGAGGACGGUAGUGGAGCUAAGCAAGAUAGAGCUUUUAGGGAAGGCAGCUAAGCAUCAGAUAUAUUUAAGCCUCCGAGUUCCUAGUGUAAUAGGAACAGGAAGGAAGAGAGGAGAAAAUGGUGAAGAACAAGAAGGAGAAGAAGGUGAACGUCUCGGGGAAGCCUAAGCACUCCCUUGACGUCAACCGUAGUAACAGCCAGGAUGGCGACACCCGCAGUUCUGCCACGGUUCGCCGCCUCAAGAUGUACAACAGCAGGCCUAAGCGGAACCGCAAGGGCAAGAUCCUCAAGCACGAGCUCCAGUCGAAGGAGCUCCCCGCCACUGACAUCCAGCCUGACCGCCGCUGGUUCGGGAAUACGAGAACUGUAAAGCAGAAAGAGCUUGAGAUUUUUCGUGAGGAGCUUCAAAGCAGACUUUCCAACAAUUACAAUGUUAUCCUGAAGGAAAGGAAGCUACCACUUUCCCUUCUGAAUGAUCACACCAAGCAAGCUAGAUUUCAUCUCUUGGAUAGGGAACCUUUCCAAGAUGCUUUUGGCCCUAAGGGGAAGAGAAAGCGUCCAAGACUUAUGGCAGAUAAUUACGAUGCAUUGGUCAUGAAAGCUUCUGGAUCUCAAGAUGCUUUUGAGCAAAAAUCAGCUUCUGUACCUUCGGUGGAUGGGGUUGAAGAAGAUGGUUUAAGGGAUCUUGUCAGGCAUACCAUGUUUGAAAAGGGGCAAAGCAAGCGAAUCUGGGGCGAACUUUAUAAAGUUAUUGACUCCUCUGAUGUAGUUGUCCAAGUACUGGAUGCCAGGGAUCCCCAGGGUACAAGAUGUCGUCAUUUGGAGAAGCAUUUGAAAGAGCAUUGCAAACACAAGCAUCUUAUAUUUUUGUUAAAUAAGUGUGAUCUGGUUCCUGCCUGGGCUACAAAAGGAUGGUUGCGUAUUCUAUCUCGUGAAUAUCCAACACUAGCAUUUCAUGCUAGCGUCACCAAAUCUUUUGGAAAGGGUUCUCUUCUUUCAGUUCUCAGGCAGUUUUCUAGGCUAAAAAGUGAUAAGCAGUCAAUUUCUGUUGGCUUUGUUGGAUAUCCUAAUGUUGGGAAAUCAUCAGUUAUCAAUACGUUGCGAACAAAAAAUGUCUGUAAAGUUGCUCCAAUUCCAGGUGAGACAAAAGUUUGGCAAUACAUAACACUGACAAAGAGAAUCUUUUUGAUCGAUUGUCCUGGAGUUGUGUACCAAAAUAAUGACUCUGAAACAGAUAUCGUGCUUAAGGGUGUUGUUCGUGUCACAAACUUGCAAGAUGCUUCUGAACAUAUAGGAGAAGUGCUAAAGCGGGUUAAAAAGGAGCAUUUGCAAAGGGCAUAUAAAAUAAAUGACUGGGAAGAUGAAAAUGACUUUCUUGUUCAGCUAUCCAAAUUGUCAGGGAAGCUUUUGAAGGGUGGUGAACCUGACCUGAUGACUGCUGCAAAAAUGGUUCUCCAUGAUUGGCAACGCGGGCGGAUACCUUUUUUUGUUCCUCCACCAUCAGAGGAUAUUGAUGCUGGAAAUAACAAUGCUGAGGUUUCAGAUACAAAGGAGGAGGGUCAUAUUGCUGAUGAUAAGACAUCUGCUGCAAUGAAAGUUAUUGCGAAUGUCAUGGCAGCACAACAGCAAAAAGACGUCCCUUUUCAGAAGGAGUUCUUCGGGGAGGGUAAUGUGGUUGAGGAAUCAGGAUCACCAACCGUGCCUCCCGAAGACUGAUGCUAUAUGGAGUUGACAGCCAACAAGUUCCAUACUGCAGAAAUUAUGGAAAUAUUCAAGGAAACAUCGUGCAAACUUUUCCAGCAUCAAUUUGAAGAUGGAAGCAAUUUCUUCCUCUAUUACCGAUGAACGGUCAAACAUGGUAUCCGCUAUCAUGAGCAAGGAUGUUGCAAAGGAAUUUUUGGAUUGUGAGCAGUAGGCAUGAAAUGAGGGUGUUCUACUGUUCUCGUCUUUUAACUUUUCACGUCCACUCAGGAGCAACGUGAGAUGGGCUUAAGUUUUGUUAAGUGGGAGCUAGUAACAAAGGAGGAAUGAACAUUAAAAGCUUAAAUUUUGUUAAGUGAGAAUUAGUUUGAGAGAUUAUUGAACAUUAUAUGUUGAAUUUCAGAAAAGAAAAUAGCCUUUCUGUAAUCGACAAUUAUAUUAUUUGUUCUUUUUGGGAGGAAUGAUGAGGCAAAGCAGUUUUUUUCA